AUGGCUCAUUUGGCAUGUAAAUAUGGACACACAGACAUUGUCAAGAUUCUCAUGGAUAACGGUCUUGAUCUCAAUGAAAAGGAUGAUAAUGGAGAGACUUGUCUCCUGGCCGCCUGCAUGGGAGGCAACCCAGCUGCAGUAUCAUUUCUCCUGGAAAACAAUGCACAAUGGUCAAAGGACAAUGAUGAUCACAAUCCACUCCAUCAUGCUAUUGAGAAGGAGAAGGUGGACAUGUUAAGACUACUUCUAGAAUGUGAAGAAGCGAAGGAAUUCCUGAACAAAACUGACAAAGAUAGCCAGAGUCCUCUUCAUCUUGCUUGUCUCAAAAAAUCGCCUGAAAUGGUUGAACUUCUGCUGGAGAAGGAUGCAGAUGUUAACGUGACUGAUAGCUGCGGCUGGACCCCUCUCCACUACAUCUCUUGGGUAGGGAACAGAAAAAUCAUUGACAUUCUCAUAAAGUUUAAAGCUGAUGUUAAUGCACAGUGCAAGGAGAGUUCGCUCAAACCAAAGUCCCCUCUGAAACUGAAUUCGGGUAAGAAACCAAAUGAAACCGAAGGCAUGACGGCAUUACAUCUGGCGUGUCAUCAAGGUCAUGUAGGUGUUGUGAAGAAACUGAUGGAUGUUGACAACAUUGAUAUCAAUAUUUCAGACGUCUUUGGAAAGUCAGCUCUCUACAUUGCCAGCAAGAGAGGCAGGAGCCAUGUCGUGAAGAUCCUUUUGGAGAAAAAGGCAGACACCAGUCUUGCUACCUCAGAUUGUAGGACAGCUGUUUAUGCAGCCAGCAAGAAGGGUCAUGCCCCAGUAAUCGAACUCCUGUGUAAGAGUGGUGCAGGUGUUAAUACCGGCACAAAAGGUCAAAGGAAGCGAAAUCCGUUGUCGGCUGCCAGUCGGAAAGGCUAUGUAGGUGCUGUAGACUGUUUGUUACGAUACGGAGCUGAUGUGAAUCUCAAAGACUCUGAGGGGAACACCUCUCUUCACAUAGCAAGCGCUGCAGGCCAAACGGAUGUGGUAAAAUGCCUGUUGAAGUGGGGAGCAGAUGUGUUGGCUAGGAACUGUUCAGAGCAAACACCUCUCCAUGACGCCGUUGCAGUAACCAAUACUGAUACAGACACCAUCGACUACUUACUCCUUGCAGGAGCUGAUGUCAAUGCAGUUGAUGACAAGAAAUGGACCCCUCUCCACCUUGCAAGCCUCUGCAGUUCAGCAAUGGUAGUGAAGACCCUUCUCUUGUGGAAGGCCGAUGUCCACUCAAAGGAUAUUUCGAACAUGACUGCACUCAGGUAUGCAUCUGCCACGGGCAAGAUAGGUAACAUAUCAGUGCUAUUGCAACAUGGGGCUACAAUUGACAGUGUGUGUUUGAAUCUAGCGGUCAUCUACGGUCACGCCAAUGCUGUGGAGGUGCUUCUGAAAGAGAAGUUCCCGAUCAAAGAUGUUGACGAAAUGUAUGAUCUUGCCAAACAACAAGGCUUUGACAAAGUGAUGGAUGUCAUAAACAAAUAUAGGCCGGAUGUAUCUGAAAUAUAUUGAUGGGCAGCAGUAUAUAGUUUUGACAGUGUUACAAAUACUGGCACGUGAAUACUGCACAGUGAUGUGAUAAGGAGUUUCAGCAAAUAACUUGGAACUUGUCAGGGUGUGCGUGACAAUACGUCGUUAGCUUUGUAAUCUAUGUGUACAUGUCUUGAACUUUGACUUCCACUGUAAAUACCUUGAAUGAAAGAUCAUGUAGAAUAACAUAUCCCUUUGCAUCAUCCUAAAUUGUAUCUGCAUGGGCACACUGCAAACAAAUUAGAUUUAUCCAGCCUCUAAGUGUAUAUUGUUAUAUCAGAUCAACUGUAAAUACGACACAUGUAUAUACAUUCGGGUUCUUAACAGAUAACCCUUGAUAACGAGUGAGCCAGUUCCUUGACAACAAGUGUGCUUUGUAAAAUGGAAAUUGGCUGUGAUUAUAAGGUAACUGAACAAUAACAAGGCGUCAUUGUUGUCUCAAUCACAUGGCCCUGCAGUGUAGGUUUGAGGGCAGGUACUGUAUACAUGUGUAACAGACCAUUUAGUUCACACGAAUAGAAUACCAUUACAGUCUGGAUGAAUAUCAAAGAAAGUUUUGUUGCUAGUGUGUGUGUGUGUGUGCGUGCGUGCGUGCGUGCGUGCGUCUGCGGCUGUCCUUCAGUACGAAUUUGGACUUGUUUCUUACAAGACUUGUGUGAUGCAACAAGCAUCAAGUACUGAGGAUCGACAAUGUCAUUCAUCUCAGACUGAUACAUAUCAUGCAGCAAAUCCAAUAUUCCGCCUUGAUUCACGGAGGACCAGCAUGAGAAAUAUGAUUUUCUUUUGAAUAAAACAUAAUUGUAA